AUGCAUGGUGCUGCAUGUAAACUAGCAGGAUAUCGGCAUCAUGCUUCUCAGUUGUGCCUGAAGCAUUUUUGGUUCAUUGCCAUGAGGAAAGAGAUUGUCGCCUUUGGUAAGUGGUAUGACCAGCAGAUCGAGGUACGACCUUUGGCCACCAAGGCUCUCACAUCAUCAGUCCUCGCUGCACUUAGUAGUGUGGUUGCGCAAGUCAUCCGGCGGAAGGCUUCUAUCAGAGAAGUUGUGAGCUUUACUUUGCAGGCCGCUCCGCCAUUUUCACACUUCUGGUUCGAGCUUCUUGAAGCAAAGUUGGGGCCCGGGAAAGCAGCGCUGAAGACCACGGUGGACCAGCUACUUUUCCGCCCAAUUAUGAUUUGGUAUUGCUUUGUUUUUGGUGGUUUCCUUAGCGGCAAGCGUUGGACAGAGGUGAAGGACAAUUUGCACCGUAACUUUGCGAAGGUUGUGGUCAGCUCUUGGAAGGUGUGGCCGGCUGCAAUGUGGCUAACUCACAGGCAGCGCUGCCGGAUUUAA